AGAAAGUUCUCCUCCAAACUUUAAUAACCAUCCUUUUUGUUCCAACUGCCUUUCCUGUCAGGUCUUGUGUCAUGUAUCAAUGCCAUGUUUCCCAUCUCAACCAAGGUGUGUAGAUGGAUAAAAAAAAUAUCAACUAGCAUCCAACAUUUUUAGUUGACAUCAUCUAAUUUGGUACAAGUUCAAGCCCACAAACCAACUUUAAAUGCGAAGCUUCCUUUUAACUCCUGCAAUUCAUAACUGCUUCCCUUAGAGGUAGGUUUCACAGGGGCAAAAGAAAAAGAAAAUGUCAGCUGCUGUAGGAAAUUUCUCAGCAUCCAAAGAAAUUGGUUUCAAUAAAAAUGAAACAAAAAAUGAAGAGUUGAGAGAUAACGAAAACAACAAGUUUGUCGAUGAAGCAGAGGAAAAUGAUCGCCAGAAAGAUAAGGAUGAUCACCUUGAGACUGAGCAUGAUGAACAAGAUGAUGCCAAGCUGAUAUCUGAAAAGGCAUUGGAUCUUGGUCCUCAGUUCUCACUCAAAGAGCAGCUUGAAAAGGACAAGGAUGAUGAAAGUUUGAGGAGAUGGAAGGAACAGCUUCUUGGGAGUGUUGAUAUGUCCGCAGUUGGAGCAGAGAGUAAGGAACCACAAGUUAAGAUACUAAGCCUUUCAAUCCUAUGCCCGGGGCGGCCAGAUAUCAUCUUGCCAAUUCCAUUGACUUCCAAGCCUAAGAGCAGUCUGUUUACAUUAAGGGAAGGAAGCCGGUAUCGCCUCAAAUUCUCCUUCACUGUCUCCAACAACAUUGUCUCUGGACUUAGGUACACAAACACUGUCUGGAAGACUGGUGUUAGAGUGGACAACACAAAGCUGAUGUUGGGAACAUUUAGCCCUCAGAAAGAACCUUACACAUAUGAAUUGGAAGAAGAAACUACCCCUUCGGGCUUGUUUGCUAGAGGGUCAUACUCUGCAAGAACCAAGUUUGUAGAUGACGAUGGCAAAGCCUAUUUGGAUGUGAGCUACCACUUCGAAAUCCAGAAGAAUUGGCCAUCAUCAACACGUCCUUGAUCAAAUACUACCACAUUUUGGGUUCUGCAAUCCAUUUUUCUUAUUUGGGUCCAUCAAAGAGUUUGUGCUUGAUGUGUUAUUUUUCUUACUUUUUUCCUGGCAGCUUGAAUUUCCUGUCAACUUUUUCCGUGUUUUGUGUAUGAUUGUCUGUCUGUCUGUCUGUCUGUCUGUCUACAAUAUGUCAUGGCCUCCACAUCCCCUUUAAUCGAGGUUCCAAAUUGUACAUAGAAGUGCCACUUAUUGAUGAAAUGUCCUUCCAAAGGGACUUUGCCUC